CUGUACGUAAGGCGACAGGAAAUCCCGGCUCGGUCGCAUCCCUUCCCUCAGGAAAGAGGGACAGGAUUGCUUCAAACUGUGAAUGUGAGGGUUUGAGGUUCUUCGGUGGACCUGUCGUGUAACAGGCCUGUUCAGGAACUGCUGUUUGGCCUCAGGAGUCAUCCCUAGCCCAGAGAUGUUGGCCGGAUUCACCUUGGUGUGUGCUGUGGUUCUGUGCGCCGCAGUAGCCAAUGCUAAACCCACGUUAAGAAAGGAGAGGGUUCUUCAUGACCCAGAACUGAGCAGGCAAGCCCACGAAGACAAUAAGAGCUUCCAGUACGACCACGAGGCCUUUCUGGGCAAAGAGGAGGCUAAAACGUUUGACCAGCUCACCCCUGAGGAAAGCAAGGACAAGCUUAGUAAAAUUGUGGACCGAAUAGACAGCAAUGCAGAUGGCUACAUUACCACAGCUGAACUCAAAGCUUGGAUAAAACGAGUCCAGAAGCGUUACGUCUAUGAGAAUGUAGCAAAAGUAUGGACAGAUUAUGAUCUGAACAAAGACAACAAGAUCUCAUGGGAUGAGUACAAGCAGGCCACUUAUGGAUACUAUCUGGCCAACCCAGAGGAGUUUGAGGAUUCUACAGACCAGUUCAGCUUCAAGAAGAUGCUUCCUCGAGAUGAGAGGAGGUUUAAAGCUGCUGAUCUGAACGACGACCUUGCAGCCGACAGAGAAGAGUUCACAGCCUUCCUCCACCCUGAAGAAUUUGAACAUAUGAAAGAUACUGUGGUUCUGGAAACGCUGGAGGACAUUGACAAGAAUGACGAUGGAUAUGUGGAUGAGGACGAGUACAUUGCCGACAUGUUUGCGCAUGAGGAUGGGGGUCCUGAACCGGACUGGGUGAAAACUGAGAGGGAACAAUUCUCAGACUUCCGAGACUUGAACAAAGAUGGAAAGAUGGACCAGGAUGAAAUCCGUCACUGGAUUAUGCCACAAGACUAUGACCAUGCCCAGGCUGAGGCCAGGCAUCUGGUGUAUGAGUCCGACCAGGACAAGGAUCAGAUGCUGACUAAAGAGGAGAUUCUCGAGAAUUGGAACAUGUUUGUUGGAAGUCAGGCCACCAACUACGGAGAGGACCUCACCAGGAACCAUGACGAGCUUUGAGCUCUUCAGAUAUCUCUCUGUGUGUGUGCGCGUGUGUGUGUGUGUGUGUGUGUGUGCGUGUGUAUUAGGAGGGUUGUUGAACAUGUUUGUCUUCAAAGACAAAAUUGCAAACAUUGUCCUACCAUCGCUGCCACCACUCCAUCUUUUUCAUGGAAUAGUGGGACAGACUUCAGCAUGUGGUAUUUCAAACACUAUAAAUAAAAGGACAUAUGAGGUUCAGUCCUACCACUACCUCCAGGGGUCUGCUUAAUACUUCAUAUUGAUGGCUUUUGUUUCUGAUAUUCAGGAGCAGAGCCAGGCCCAGUGGACUUCCUCUCCAUCAAUUGGUGCCUUCCAGCCUUGCCACAGCAGUCUUCACUGCCUCAGAGAUUUGUAUAGAGAGUCUUGGAGAAAAAAACAGUCUUGUCAGAUUUGGGAGCAGUUUGUGAUAACAGUAGUAAUGUGAAACCGCAGCUCAGAACAUUUAUUAUGAAUUUAUUUAUUUAUCAAAUUUCUUUGAAACUUAAAGAUUGAGAGGAAAACUGUGUUUAAUAAGAUCAUGUUUUUUUUUAUAUUCUUAGUGAAAACACAAAUUUUCUUUGUUUACAAUCUUCCUAGCCUGAUUAGUAAUGUAAUGUUUUGUUUUUAAUUAAGAGCUUUCAUAAGUAAGUGAUGUUAAGUGGCAUGUUUUUUGCACGCAUUUGGUUUUAGACUAGCCUGUGAACAACUUUUCUUUUCUACAUUUUUAGUUUUAAUUGUAUUUAUUGGUAAAGUUACACUAACACUUUGCUACAAGUUAACAUUUUGACUUCAGCGAUGUUACAUUUCAGCUUUACCAGUUUACAAUUUACAAAGUUUUUUGCUCUCUGUCAACACUGACUUGAAUACACAAGAGCUAAAUUCCUUGCUUUCUGUUACAUCACUCCAUUCUCUGUAUUAACAUGUACUGAAUUUUUUCAGCCACACUGCACAAUUUAUGUUUUGCAAACUGAUUAACUCAUUUAAUUUCCACAUAUUCUGUUUGAGCAAUGCACCGAACAACACAGCAAAAGAACAAACACCAAGUUGCAGGAUUUUGUCAUUUUAAUUAAAACAUUGUCAGCUAAAACCCCUUUUUCUGUUGCAUACAGCCUAAAUAUGUAUGUCAAACUGCACAAACUGUCAAAAAUGAAAAAAUAAAAAAUAUCAAGUUU